UGAUUUUUUUUCGUCAUUAAUUAGUGAUCCCUGGCCCGUCUGCCGCUGCGGGCUGAAAAUGUGUCCUGAUGUUUGUGUUCUUAUCAGAUGGAUGAGCGAGUUUGAUUGAAGCGUUUGUCAUGUAAAUGCGAGCCGUUUGAUGGACGAGCGCGCGGACCUGACAGAGUGCUGCGGGUCCUUAGCCAUUGGCGCUCGCGGGGUCACAUGGUGUGUCAGGAAGGUGAUAUGAGGGUGGAAGGCAGUUUUACAGCUUUGACAUACUACCUAGAAGGCUUAGGGGCAAAGGGAGCACCGAUUAAUGACCGCUCGGUCUUGAUCAGUUCUUGAGCAAACAGCAGGCUCCAGGAUGAACUCCUAUCUAGAUUACCCCGUGUGCAACCGAGGAGCGAAUAUCUUCAGUGCCAAGGCCGGAUACCAUAACCUGAACCAUGGAUACGCGUCGUCCAGCUCGUGUGCAACAAGUGAGUCGUACGCACCGGACGGUCGCCUGGUGGGCCCCUCGGCCUCUGGGCCCCAGCAGGCGCCGACCCUCCCUCUGCACCACCAGCCGCACUUGGAUGUGCAGUUUGCGGCGCCGGGGAGCUCCAUGUACGCCUCACCUCUGGAGUACGGACACCACCAGUACGGCCUCGCCCCCGAGCAGGACCGGGGCUUUAUGCACGCUCAGGUUUCACCUCUCGGAACAAACAUGGCUCCCUACACCGGGGACAGCUGCGGGCCCGGGGCCGCGUCCGGCGGCCAGUACCUACACUUUGGGAGCGGGGAUCAGCGCCAGCAGGAGUAUCCAGAGAGCCUCUACAGCAGGUUACCGCCGCAGUGCAAGGAGAGGGAUUUGGAGCAUGCAGAGGAAACUUCUAAAACCUUCGACUGGAUGAAGGUGAAGAGGAAUCCCCCCAAGACAGCCGUCCUGUCGGAGUUCGGCGUUCCGGGCCAGCACAACGUGAUCCGCACCAACUUCACCACCAAGCAGCUGACGGAGCUGGAGAAGGAGUUCCACUUCAACAAGUACCUGACGCGGGCGCGGCGGGUGGAGGUGGCGGCCAGCCUGGAGCUCAACGAGACGCAGGUGAAGAUCUGGUUCCAGAACCGGCGGAUGAAGCAGAAGAAGCGGGAGAAGCUGGGCGGCCUUCUGGGCAACAACCCGGCUCCCGUGGAGAAACUGGCCGGCUCCGAUUCGGCUCCUCCACAAGGAAAAGGAGAGAAACUGUGAAGCUGAUGAGACUUUAUAUAGAAAAAUAAUAUUGUGGAGGUCUGAAACUUUUUUUUUUCUUAUUUUUUGCACCAUUCCAGAGAAUGAAAAAAAGGCUUGUGGACUUGUCAGAUAAACAGGGUUGGUUCUGUCUGUGUCUGCUCAUGUGUUUACAUUACAAUAAGUCAGAUGCAGAAAAAACCAUUUUUAAAUAUCAUGUUGGUUUUUGAUCCUAUCAUGAGCACACACUGGUUUUGUGUUGGACCACUGACAUGCUCAGUGUCAUUGUUUGCACUAUUUAUUUACAGGGUAUUUUCCAACAAUUGUUG